AUGGGACUUCUUACUAUCAUCAAGAAACAGAAGAUCAAAGACAACGAGAUCAGAGUCCUCACUCUAGGUCUAGACAACUCGGGCAAGACUACUAUAAUCAAGAAUAUCCUAGGAGAGGAUACCAGCACCAUAUCGCCGACUAUGGGGUUCCAGAUCAAUACAUUCACUCAUAACGGUGUCACACUCAAUGUGUGGGAUAUAGGAGGGCAGACGACAAUACGAAGUUUCUGGGGUAAUUACUUCGAGAAAACAAAUGUAGUUCUAUGGGUAGUGGACACUUUGAGUUUAGAAAGGUUGAAAGAGUCCUACGAAGAAUUGAGAGAGAAGGUGAUUCUACAAGAUCGGCUAGAAGGCGUAUACUUAAUAGUGCUCAUUAACAAGAUUGAUCUGGUGGCAGACAGAAGUCUGUUGGGGUCUAUCAAAAACACAGUGGAGAAGACAUUGGACUUGAAAGCGCAGAUUCCUCAGACUGAUAAAUGGGAUGUUCAGCUUGUUAGCGGGAAGACAGGUGAAGGUUUGGAUGGUGUUCUUGACUGGAUCACCUCAAGAGAAUACUGA